AUGUCAAAUAGUAAUAAACAACAACAUAAUACAAACAUUGCUGAAGUACAUGUUCAGAAUCCAAUAAAUAAUCAUCAUCGCCUUGGUCAAAUCGUGAGGAAACACAAAAAUUCAAAUAAUUAUCUUUCACUUAAUCCUGCUCAACGACCAAUUUCAUCAUUUUUACCAGCAGCACCUGAACCAACUUAUACAACAAUAUUUCGUUGUAUUCAACGACCUUCGUCUGAAUUAUGUAAUUUCAACAUGAAAUGA